AUGGCGGCGCGGGUGCUGGCGCUGGCGCUGCUGGUGUCGCUGCUGCCGCCCGGGGCUGGCAGCGCCGCGUCCUGCCGGGGCCUCCGGCCGGGCGAGGGGCGGGACUCUGAGGCCUGUGGCAUCACCCUGCAGCUGGAGCACUCGUUCGAGCUGAAUGACAGCAUCCACUUCCGGAAGCGGGGCACCCUGCUCUGGACCCUGGCGCCUGAUCCCAGUCUCUCGCUGUCCCAGAAGCAGCUGAGUGAGGGGGAGCGCAACUUGCUCAGGGAAGUGGCGGCGCUGAAUGGGCUGUAUCGUGUCAGGAUCCCUCGCUGGCCCUUGGGAGCUGCAGAUGAGCUUGCUACUGAGUAUGUCACCUCCUUCGUCCGAGCAUGCUCAUUAGUGGAGUCUCACAUCUCGGACCGGCUCACGGUGCACACAGAUGUGGCUGGGAACGUGAUCGGCAUCUCCAUUGUCACCAUGCCUGGCUCCUGCCAUGGUGCUGAGGUGGAGGAUGUGGACCUGGAGGUCUUCAACACCACUGUGGUGCUACAGCAGCCAGUGCCAGCUGCUGUCCCUGAGACGGCAGCAUUUAUCGAGCGCAUGGAGCAGGAGCAGGCGCAGAGAGCCAAGAACCCGCAGGAGCAGAAAUCUUUCUUCGCCAAAUAUUGGAUGUAUAUCAUCCCCAUCGUGCUCUUCCUCAUGAUGUCUGGAGCACCGGAUGCCGGGGGACAGGGCGGAGGCAACGGGGGUAGUGCUGGGGCUGGUGGCAGGUGAUCUGUCCCACACUGGGGAAGGCAGGGGGGCAAGAAGAGCCUCCUGACAGGUUACGUGUGUGUGUGUGGCCAUCCUAGUACUGAAUAAACGCUACCCAGCACA